AUGAAGUUCUCCAGCAUCUUCGGUCUCGCUCUGGCGGGUCUGGCCUCGGCUGUCCCAACACCUACCACCAACGACGAUGGUGCUAGCACUGUUGAUCUCGCCAAGCGUGCUUCCAUCACGGAAACCUGCAACAUUGGUUAUGCUACCCAGAACGGAGGCACCACCGGUGGAAAGGGUGGAUCUACCACCACCGUCUCGACCCUUGCUCAGUUCACCAAGGCUGCUGAGUCCUCUGACAAGCUUAACAUCUACGUCAAGGGUACAAUCUCGGGAAGCGCCAAGGUCAAGGUCAAGGGUAACAAGUCCAUUAUUGGUGCUUCUGGCGCCAAGCUUGUCGGUGUCGGUCUGUACAUUAACAAGGUCUCCAACGUCAUUGUUCGAAACCUGGCCAUUUCAAAGGUCAAGGCUGCCAACGGCGACGCCAUCGGCAUCCAGGCCUCCACCAACGUCUGGGUCGACCACUGCGAUCUGUCCUCUGACAUGAGCUCCGGCAAGGACUACUAUGAUGGUCUCCUUGACAUCACCCACGCCUCCGACUACAUCACCGUUUCCAACACCUUCCUCCACGACCACUACAAGGCUUCGCUUGUUGGACACUCUGACAGCAACUCCUCCGAGGACAAGGGCAAGCUCCACGUCACCUACGCCAACAACUAUUGGUACAACAUCAACUCCCGCGGCCCCUCGAUCCGCUUCGGAACCGUCCACAUCUACAACAACUACUAUCUCUCCGUCCUCGACUCUGCCGUCAACACCCGCAUGGGAGCCCAGGUUCGCGUCGAGUCGACUGUCUUCGACUCCUGCGCCACCAAGGCCCUCUUCUCCGCUGACUCCUCCUCCAUCGGCUAUGCCACCACCAGCGACAUCUCCUGGGGCUCGAGCAAGAACACCGCCUCCACCGGUACCCUCGGCAGCAGCUCCAUCCCCUACAGCUACACCAACUACGGCAAGAGCAGCGUCAAGAGCAAGGUCUACGGAACUGCUGGUAACACUCUCAGCUUCUAA